AAUAAAAAUAAGGAGAUAUGUUUGAAAUAGUUUGGUACUCAUUUUACGAACCUACUGAGUCCUACCACUGUACAGCUAUACUUAAUACGGGCUUUGGCGAUACUGACAGUCACCAACUAUUUAACGAAGUCACAUCCUUCCACAUUCCUCCGUAUAUAUAAGGUCGAUAACUACCACAACCUUGAAUUACAGAAUCACAAUGGAUACACGAGUCAGCAUUGCCUUGUUAAUUAUUCUGUUAUGUGGAAUCUGUUUAUAUAAUGCUUUACUGAUAGUUGAGAAGUUGAAGACCACGUUUCCAGUGAACUAUAUUAUACUGGUAUUGGUGGUUGUUUUACUGUUCGUCGGUGUGGGAUAUCUGUAUAAUGGUCCAGUACCUUUUGUUAUCUCAAUUGCUGUAGCCCUUGCGAUCUCAGCGAUAAUAAUAUUUGCUUCCUGGAAUUUGAAUAAUCUGACAAUGAAAGGAUUCAAUGUUUUCGCCUCAGUAGCAGCUGCAUUUGCCUUCGUGGGAUUUGUUCUCCUAAUCUUCAAGAGAACAUCGGAAAGGAUUUUGUUUGCGUGGUUUGUGGACUCAGAAAACGUUUUCGGAAAACAACAUCCAUGUUCCAGAAGAUGUUGGACCUUUUAGAUAUAUACGUAGCGGUUAUUUCAAUAUUCGCAGCAAUAUCAAUUUGCUUCGCUUGAGAAGGAAAGGAAGUCUUUAUGCAGAGUGUAUACUUUGUAUUCAUCUUGUGAAUUCCUUAAACAUGUGAUAUAAAUCUACAUUUUCUCUAAUACAUCAUUUAUUCCUGUGCAUGUUAACAUAUUAUUCUUAUGUUGAUAAAGCAUUAAUGGAAUACGUUCACACCUUUUCUACUCUAAUCAGCAGAAGCUCAGCAUGAAGAUAGUAGUUUAACGAAAAAGCGACGACUG